AUUAUUUGAAAAAAAAAGGAAUCAAAUUAUUUUUAUUGAAACUUGAAAUUUGUUUAUUUGAUCACAACCAAAGCGUCCAAAAACACAUGCUACUAUAAAACCAGUGAAUUAGUGACAUUAAACAACCACAAUAAAUCCAGAAUCACACUUUCUAAAGAUCAUCAUUACUUACUUCAUUAGUGCUUAAUAAUCAUGAUUAAGCUACUCAAAUGUGAGAUUAGCAACACUAAUCUCCUAACCCCACUUACCAAUCACCACUCAAAAUCAAACCCUUCUUCUUCAACUUUCUCUCUCCUCCAAAGUAGAAAUCUGAGUGCUUUUCCAAAUCAUAAUCAGUCAAAGAUCUUCUUCAGUUUGAAAUCUAAAGAAAAAGCAAAAGGGUCUUACUAUAGUGUGGUGAAGAACACCUUAGAUAAUCGUGCACCUGCAAAAGUGAUUGUUGAAGGAAUUGUUGUAUUGAAGAAGAAGACUCUUUCUGCUUUUAAAGAAGAUUUGAAAUCUAAGUUUGUUCAUAGUGAUGAUGUUUUGAUUAAUGGGAAGGUUUCAUUUCAGCUUGUUAGUGCUGUUCAUACUGAUCCUGCCAAUAACUACAAAGGGAUACUUGGAAAACUAUCAUAUUUGGAAAAAGAGAUCAAAACAAUUACUGAUUUGGCUGAUAACGAGUUGGCCUUCAGAGUUAGAUUUGAUUGGGAUGAGGACAUUGAUCUUCCGGGAGCAAUAAUAGUAAGAAAUGAUCAUGACAGGGAAUUUUACCUAAGAACCAUUACUUUGAAAGACAUUCCACGCCAUGGCUCAAUCCAUUUUGUUUGCAACUCUUGGAUUUAUCCUGCUAAAUACUAUCAAAAAGACCGCCUUUUUUUCACCAACAAGACAUACCUCCCUCACCAAACUCCUGCACCACUAUGCAAAUAUCGUGAGGAAGAGCUAAAAAUAUUGAGAGGAGAAGGAAAAGAUCCAAAUGAAAUGCUCCAGGAGUGGGAUCGUGUUUAUGAUUAUGCAUACUACAAUGAUCUAGGAAAACCAGAUAAAGGUAAGAAAUAUGUUCGCCCAGUAUUUGGAGGGUCUGCUGAAUAUCCUUAUCCAUGUAGAGGACGAACAAGCCGCCCCCCAACAAAGAAAGAUCCUCAUACCGAGACCAGGUUGCCACUAGCCAAGGCCAAAGACGUAUAUGUUCCAAGAGAUGAAAAGUUUGGGCACCUUAAGUUGUCUGAUUUCAUGGGUGAUACUGUCAAGUCUAUAUCUCAGGGCAUUUUUGGUGCGCUGGAUGCAAUAUUUGAUUGGACGCCUGCAAAGUUUCACAAUUUCAAAGAAGUGCAUGAAUUGUAUGAAGGAGCAAUCAAGCUUCAAGAUAACUCAUUAUUUGACAAAAUUAGGAAUUGGGUCCCAACCGCAUUUCUAAAAGCACUCUUUCGGAGUGAUGGUGCAGAUUUUCUGAAUUACCCAAAACCUGAUAUUAUAAAGGAGGACGAGUCAGCAUGGAGAACUGAUGAAGAAUUCACCAGACAGAUGUUAGCUGGCAUAAAUCCUUUUGUCAUUCGUCGUUUAGAGGAGUUUCCGCCAGUUAGUAGGCUAGAUCCCGUAGCAUUUGGAAACCAGAACAGCUCAAUCACCAAAGAAUGCAUACAAGGGAACCUAGAUGGGUUAAGUGUUGAAGAGGCAAUGCAGAGGAACAAGCUAUUCAUACUAGAUCACCAUGACAUAGUAAUGCCAUUCUUGAGGCAAAUCAACGCAGAAACAAAAUCAAAGGUCUAUGCAACCCGCACAAUACUCUUCUUAAAAGAAGACGGAACUUUGAAGCCAUUGGUAAUUGAAUUAAGCCUUCCACAUGAAAAUGGGGACAAAUUUGGUGCUGUUAGCGAAUUACAUGCACCAGCAAAUGAUGGGAUUAAAGCCUCCCUUUGGCAGUUAGCCAAAGCCUAUGUUGCUGUUAAUGAUUCUGCAUACCACCAACUUAUCAGCCACUGGUUACACACCCAUGCAGUGAUGGAACCAUUCAUAAUCGCAUCAAAUCGACAAUUGAGUAUGCUACACCCAAUUUACAAACUUUUGCAUCCUCAUUUUCGUGAUACAAUGCCUGUCAAUACAGUAGCACGUCAGAUAGCUCUUAAUGCUAAUGGAUUGUUUGAGCAAGCUGUCUUUCCUCGAAAGUAUGUCGUGCACUGGACAUCCUCACUGUACAAGAAGUGGGCACUCACCGAGCAAGCACUUCCGAGAGACCUUAUUAACAGAGGAAUGGCUGUUAAGGAUUCUCAAGGAUACAAGCUACUUAUAGAAGAUUACCCAUAUGCUGUUGAUGGGCUACAAAUUUGGGGUGCAAUCGAGACUUGGGUCAAAGAGUAUUGCUUAUUUUACUACAAAACUGAUAAAAUGGUUGCUAAUGACCCCGAACUACAAUCCUGGUGGAAAGAAAUCCGGGAAAUAGGCCAUGGUGACAAAAAGGAUGAGAAGUGGUGGCCGGAAAUGAAGACAUUUGAUGAAUUAACAGAAACUUGUACAACUAUUAUAUGGGUGGCUUCAGCUCUCCAUGCAGUAGUCAAUUUUGGACAAUACCCUUACUCAGGGCACAUGCCUAACCGUCCAACUAUCAGCCGAAGGUUCAUGCCUAAAACAAAAAAGGAACUUAAAGAACUUGAGAAAAAUCCUGAUGGCGUUUUCUUGAAGACAGUAACUAGCCAACUCCGAACAUUAGCUUGUCUUUCUGUUAUAGAGCUUAUUUCCAGGCAUUCUGAAGAUGAGGUGUAUCUCGGAGAAAGAGAGCCUGGAUGGACUUCUGACGCUCCACCAUUAGAAGCAUUUAAAAGAUUUAGUAAGAAACUAGAAGAGAUAGAAAAAGAGAUUCUAGACAGGAACAAAGAUCCUGAACUGAAGAAUAGGGUUGGUCCGGCUAAGUUGCCCUUCACAUUACUGUGCCCUUCAAGUGGAGUAGGGAUCACCGGCAGGGGAAUUCCUAACAGUGUCUCUAUUUGAAGCUCUGCUGACUAACUAUGAAGCAGUAAGCAUAGAUUUGUAAGUUUAUAAAUUUACUUUUUUUUGUACUGGAAAAUAAGAUGCUAGGAGUGGCCUAGGACAUUCUAGGAAGCAUGAUUAUGAAUCAGGUCAUUAAAGAAAUGAAGUUGUAAAUAAAUGCAAAAUUUUAAACAUUAGCAAGUAAAGAUUAUAUUGUAAGGUUCUCUCAGGAGUCAGGACCAUGUUGUUAGAAUAUAUACUACUGAUUUUGGGAAUAAUUCUGAAUACAAAUUCACAAAUUUUUCUACUUUCA